AUGCCUAAAAGAGGAUCUACAAGAAGAGGUGGAGGUGGAAGAGGUAACCAUAAGGGAAGAAUUGGAGGUGGUACUUUCAACAAAAAGAAAACAAGAGGAAAUAAAAGGAAAUCACCACGUUCUUAUUCAACUCAAUAUGGUGAACUAAUGGAUGAUGAUAAUGUAUACAUCCCUACAAGUAUGACUGAAUUAGCUUCUAACAUGGGAAGAAGAAAAUAUGAGCAGCGUCACUUAUUUGAAGAGAUAGCAUAUACUGAAUCACAUCAUGAUGAUCUUAUGCUGAGAAAACUAAGAGAUCGACCAGUUGAAUUUGUCAAGGCUAAAGAAGUGUACGAUCCAAAUAUUAUUCUUUAUAAAUUGGCCAAACAGAAUAGGAUGAAUGAAGAGCUUGACGUUGGUGUACAAAGUAUAUCGUUAGAGGAUUCAGAGGAAGAUGAUGAACAAGAGCAACCAAGAAAAACACUUGAUGAGAUUGUGAAAGAAGUUCAAGAUUUUUCUGAGACAUCUGAAAGUGGCGAAGAUUGGGAUGAAGAAGAGUUGAAUAAUGUCAUUAGUGAAAAGCUUGAUCAAUUUGAAAAAGCAAUCAAUGAUAUGCCUGAAGAGGAAGAAGUGGGUGGAGAUGAGGUGCUUGAAGAGGAAGCCGUACCCGAAGAAGAAUCGGAAGAAGAGCCAGAGGAACAAGCAGAAGCUGAACCAGUUGAUGAACUGGAUGAUAAAAUUAUAGAAGAACAUCAAGAAGUAACCAUAUCAAAUACAACUAUUGAACCUUUGGAUAUUAUAAUAGAUUUACCAAGCACUAAAGUCGAGUCGUUUAAUGCUAAAUCACUGAUACUAAAACAACGAACAAGUUCACCAUUGGAAGAAGAACCUGAACCAGAGAAAGAAGAGGAACCAGAAUAUGGAUUUUUAGAAGAAGAUUAUGAAUUCGAUGUUUCAAAAAUUGAAGUUUCAAAUGUUCGAUUUGGAUUAAAUAAUCAAUAUCAUCUUAAAUGUUUAGAUUUAACUGGAUUAAAUGAUGAAUUUUUAUGGAUUGAUGAAAGUGAAGUCAUUGAUUAUGCAUUAAGUAAUGGAGUUAAAGAACAUAGGUUGAAGAAAUUUUUGUCAUUUAUAACAAAAGGAAUGGUUGAUGAACCAGAAUCUGAAUCUGAACCAGAGGUUUAUAUAUCUGAUACUGAUAGUGAAGAAGAAGAAGAUGAUGAUGAGGAGGAAAUGGAUCCUGAUCAAGAUGAUUAUGAUUAUGAUCUGGAUGAAAAUUUAGAAGACUUGAUUGCUUAUUCUAAGGCAAGUACGCAAGGUUUGAUUCCAUUUGAAGAUCGUGAUUUUUCAAGAAAUACCCCUGCCAAAUAUAGAAGAACUUUUGAUGAUUUAGAUAUUGAUGAAGAACUUCAAGAAUCAUUAUCUAGACAACUUCAAACUUUUAAAGCCAAUAAGAAAAAGAAGAAACAUGAACGUGAUGAUCAACGUUUAGAAGAAGCUAUUUUAAGAAAUGACAUGUUGAUAAAAUAUCCCGUUAGUAUUACUAUCAGACAAAUAAAAUCCGAAUUUGAACAAUUAUUAAAAGACGAAUCACGAGAAUCAAUGAGUUUCCCAACUUUAGAUACACAUGGACAUAAAACAAUUCAAAAAUUGGCUGAUUGUUAUCAUAUGUCUGUUCUUAAAGCAGGUAAACAAGGAGUAAGGAAAUAUUUGAAAAUUGUUAAAAAUAAAGGUACAUUUAAAAAUUAUCCAAAUUAUGAUCUUAUUGAUAAAAUUCUUCGAGGUCGACCAAUUUUCCAUAGAAUUGAUAAAAAACCUCAAUAUGCUAAAAAAGGAGAGAAAAAGAAUCCUCAUAAAAGCUGUGGUGGUUCAAGUCAAACUAGAUUUAAAGAAGGUGAUAUUGUUGGUGCUGAAGCUCCAGAAAUUGGAGAAUCUAAUUUAGGUAGACAAAUGUUACAAAAAUUAGGUUGGGUUCAAGGUCAAGGUUUAGGUGUUGAUGGGAAUAAAGGUAUUAAUCAACCUAUUGUUGCAAAAGUUAAAAUUACUAAAACAGGUAUCAAGUAA